UAUUUUACUGCUUUAUUUAUUUUGGUGAAUAUUGUUGAGAGGUGGAAUUGAGUCACAAGUGUUGAUUCUCUCUCUCUUUUUUGGUUAUUGUCUCAGGUGGGAGCUAGGUCUUUAGAGAUCAUAGAAAAUAUUCAAGAACAUGGCAAUUUUUGGGGUGGCCUGGCUGAGUUCUUGGAAUGUUAGAAUGAUUUUGGUUAUGUGUUUAUGCUGGUAUUUGUUGGUUCUUGGUGCUCAUAGCCAACGCACUGAUCCAAAUGAAGUCAAUUCAUUGCGAGCUAUCAAGAAGAGUUUGAAUGAUCCAUUCAAAAAUCUUCGCCAGUGGGACAGGGGGGAUCCGUGCCUCUCAAACUGGACAGGGAUUAUUUGCCAUAAUGUAACGUUUGCUGAUGGUCACUUUCAUGUUAGCGAAGUGUCGGUUAUGGGUAGGAACCUGACAGGAACUCUAUCUCCGGAGCUUGGCCGUUUAUCUUAUUUGACGAUAUUGGAUUUCAUGUGGAACAAUAUUACUGGGACUAUACCAAAGGAAAUAGGCAAUAUUACGACGCUAGAAUUGUUGCUUCUAAAUGGAAAUCAACUCACCGGUUCCUUGCCGGAGGAGCUUGGCAAUCUUGUGAACCUGGACAGGAUACAAAUCGACCAGAACUUCAUAUCAGGGCCAAUACCCCCGUCACUUGCAAACUUGGACAAAGCAAAGCACUUCCACAUGAACAAUAAUUCACUCAGCGGCCCGAUACCAUCAGAGCUUGCUCGACUUCCUAAUCUCGUUCAUCUGUUGCUUGACAAUAAUAACUUAUCCGGACCUCUUCCACCGGAAUUAUCUGAAAUGCCAAAGCUACUUAUACUCCAGCUCGAUAACAACAACUUUGGGAGUCCAAUACCAUCUUCGUAUGGGAGCAUAUCUACGCUCUUGAAGCUGAGUCUCAGGAACUGCAAUUUACGAGGAACCCUUCCCGAUUGGAGCAAUUCUACGGGCAUUGCUUACAUCGAUUUGAGUCUGAACCAGCUUACUGGACCCAUACCCGCCGGUGCACUCUCAAGAAAUAUUACAACUAUUGAUCUGUCGAGAAAUGGCCUGACUGGAUCUAUUCCCAGUAGCUUCUCGGGGCUCCCACUUUUGCAAAAACUGUCAGUCGCGAACAAUUCAUUGAAUGGUUCUAUACCAUCAGGCAUAUGGCAAAAUAGAACUAUGAAUGCAACUGAGAAAGUUCUUCUGGAUUUCGCGUUCAAUUCAUUCUCAAACAUUGGUGGUAUCCUUCCUUCCCAUCCCAAUAUCACCAUUGGGCUUGAAGGAAACCCAGUGUGCUCAAGUAAUACUCUAUUAGUCACAGAGUGUGAGCCUCACGAUGAAGAUUUUAACAAUAUCUCAAAUACCACAACUUUCUACGACUGUACUCCUCAAGGAUGCCCAGAUGGUUACGAGUAUGCCCCUCCAACUCCAACUGCGCGAUGCAUUUGCAUGGCUCCCGUAUUUGUUGGAUAUAGGUUGAAGAGUCCCGGAUUCUCUGAUUUUCUCCCGUAUGUGAAUACUUUCAAGGAGUACCUCAGCACUGGUCUUGAAAUGAAUCUCUCACAACUCGAGAUUCAGUCAGCGGAGUGGCAAGACGGGCCUCGUAUCAAAAUGGACCUCAAGAUAUUCCCAUCCAAUGUUACUACCAAGAUGUUCAAUCGGAGCGAGGUUUUAUGGAUUCGUGAAAUGUUCAGCGGAUGGAGAAUACCUGAUAGUCAAGUGUUCGGACCUUAUGAAUUUCUCAGUUUCACACUCCCGCCGUCUUAUGAUGAAGACAUCUUCGACAACGGGUCGUCUGGUUUAAGCAAGGGAGCUCUGGCUGGCGUAAUAUUGGGAACGAUUGCCGGAUCAGUCACGCUGUCAGCUAUUGUCUCGAUACUUAUCUUGAGACGGUACACCAAAAAGCAGCACAAAUCCUCAAGGCGACGUCCAUCGACGAGGAUCUCCAUCCGGAUUGAUGGAGUCAAGGAUUUCACUUACAGUGAGCUGGCGCUGGCAACAAACGAUUUUGAUGAGUCGACCGUGGUUGGCUCAGGAGGCUACGGGAAAGUCCACAGAGGCGUUCUAGCCAACGGGACCAUUGUGGCCAUAAAACGCGCCCAAGAGGGAUCGUUGCAGGGAGAGAAGGAGUUUCUUACAGAGAUAGAACUGUUAUCGAGGUUGCACCAUAGGAACUUGGUGUCCUUGAUUGGUUACUGCGAUGAAGAAGGCGAACAGAUGCUGGUUUACGAAUUCAUGCCUAACGGUACCCUUAGGGAUCACCUAUCAACCAAGGCGAAAAUGCCACUGACUUUUGCAAGGAGGGUGAAAAUUGCAAUGGGGUCUGCGAGAGGCAUCCUUUACCUUCACACAGAGGCGAAUCCGCCUAUUUUUCAUCGCGAUAUCAAGGCCACAAACAUAUUACUCGACUCCACAUUUACUGCAAAGGUCGCUGACUUCGGACUAUCGCGUCUAGCUCCACUUCCCGAGCUCGAAGGAGGCGUGCCCUCUCAUGUAUCGACAGUUGUCAAAGGGACACCGGGAUACCUCGACCCCGAGUACUUCCUGACGCAUAAGCUCACGGACAAGAGCGACGUUUAUAGCCUUGGAGUCGUGUUUCUAGAGAUGCUGACUGGGAUGCACCCAAUCUCACAUGGAAAAAACAUCGUUCGUGAGGUAAACAUUGCACAUCGAUCGGGGAUGAUUUUCUCCAUCAUCGACGAGCGGAUGGGAUCGUACCCUUCUGAGUGCAUCGAGAAGUUCAUAAAUCUGGCUCUGAAAUGCUGCCAAGAAGAGACGGAUUCGCGGCCUCCGAUGGCUGAAGUGCAUAGGGAACUCGAAAACAUAUGGUUCUUGAUGCCGGAGUCGGACACUGCCAUCUCGGAAUCAUUGACCAGCGACUCGGGAAAACUGGCGACGACCCCGACCUCGUCGUCUUCAAUGAGGAACCCUUACCUCUCCCAAGAUGUCUCUGGCAGUGACCUUAUCAGUGGAGUGGUUCCAACCAUUGCACCGAGAUGAUACAAGAGACGGUGGUUCUUGUUUUCGUUUCAGCUUAGUUUUGUAUAGUCAUUACUUUCUUUCUUUUAAUUUGAUCCGACAAACUAUACUUACAUUUUUACACUGUUUGAUUUGCGAUAUUUAGAAAGGUUUAUAGGUUU